AUGGCUCCUGCUCAAGAUCCCAAGGCCGAACAGGUCUCGAUUAACGCUUCUGAACUUCGAGAGGCAAACAAUGCAGUUCUCAUGCGUCUGAUGGGUCUUCAGACAUACGUAAAUGAUCUGACCAAGGCUUAUGUUGAGCACACCACCAGUGUUCUUGCUGGUGGCCCCGCCACGAUCAACAUCCCAGCUGCGCCUCCUAAUCUUGAGCCGAGCAAGUUUCUCCGUGCUAGUACGCCCGAAGCCAAGUCUGAGGCCGGUGUUAAGAAGCGCAAGCGCACCCCCGCUGACCCUAAUGCGCCUAAGCGCCCUCUGACCCCAUACUUCCUGUACAUGCACAACAACCGUAAUAAAAUUGCAGGUGAAAUGGGAUCCGAUACCAAGCCAAAGGAUGUCUCUGAUGAGGGUACCAAGCGCUGGCAGGAGAUGGACGAGCCCCAAAAGGCUAUCUGGAAGGACCUUUACGCUGAGAACUAUGAAAAGUACAAGCGCGAUGUCGCUGCCUACAAGUCCAAGACCAGUGAUCGCAAGACAGAGGAUGACCUUGACCCUGCCGCCUCACAGCUGCAGCAGGACUUCGCUGGUGCCGACGCCGACAAGACCGAUUCUUCUUCCGAGGAUGAAGAGGAAGAGGAGUCCUCCCCCUCUCCCCCUCCCAAAGAGAAGACCCCUCGCAGCACCAAGCGCCGCCGCAGUGACGCCAAGGUCGUGAAGGAGGUGCCAGAGUCUGCCACCAAGCAGGUCUCACCAGUUAAGCGGGGACGCAAGAAGGCAGAGCCCGUCAAGGAGACAACCGCCCCCGAGGCCAAGACCAAGGGCAAGGGCAAGAAGCGCAAGAGCGAGGCUUAA